AUGGAGUAUGAAAGUCAAGUCAAGUGGCACCCGCUGCAGUCACCAAGCGGCGAACACAUUUAUGAACAAGCCAGAGAUUCAAGAAUCGAUCAGUCUCAAUCGAAUUACGCGUCUGCAUACUCAAGCAAGUCGCAUGCUGACAACCAUGUUCAAUCCUACGAAAUGUCAAUGAGUGCCCAGUCGACCUUUGCUGUAUCGACUGCGACUCCUCCCAGUCAAGAGGGACAGCGAAGUUGGUGGGAUCUCAGAAGAACGGGCGCAGAAAAAGCAGCCAGCAACUUCAAGAAACAAUUCAGCGGGAAGCGAGGAUGGAACGGACACUCGUACUACCGACCAAAGCAGAAUGAACCAGAAUCGCAAAGUCACGCCAUACUCAGCGAGUUGGACUAUGGCGGAUCGAUGCGCAAGGACGAUGAGGGCAAAUUUGUCUAUCGCAAUCAGUUUGGUCAAAAGAGUUCCAAGUACAGCGAUGUCGCCGUCUACCUGUCCCCGACCAACUACGUUCCCAAGCGAUUGAUCGUCCAAGCCACGACCCACGUCCUCGACAACAACCUCGAUACGGGAGAUUGGAGACGAGGCAAGAUGAACGGUGAUGUGCCAAAGGCACUGAAAAUUUCAGAAUGGGCCCUGGGUCCCUUGGCCAAGGAAGGGUGGUGGAGGAAGAUUGAUGGAAUGAUCAGAGUCCUGAUUGUCUGUGUACCCCUCCAGCUAUGCUUGACCUUCCAGAGCUCCAACUCAUGGGAAGACGCGGACACCAUUGACAGUUAUACGGACUUCCCUGGCUACCACUGGCAAUGGCCAAAGCAUGCUAUCAACCCGUUGGAUCAGAAGCCGACUCCGCACAAGGUGCUCGUGGGACCUGAACUCCCAUCCAGCCGGCGCCGCCUCAUUCGGCCGCGGCAGUUGGUGGUUCUACAACAGGACGGCAGCUGGAAAGUCGAAGCAUCGGCACCCGUCAACCUGCGAUAUGUAUUCAUCAGCUUUGCCGACAAGGCCUUCAGCUCCGAGUCUGGCCGCCUCCUGAUUCAGCGAAUGGCGGCACAGGCUGCCCUCGAAGCUGGCUGUUCUGCCUACUGGCUGGACUUUUUGUGCAGAGCCGAGCAUGCUGGCGACCUCCUAGACUCGGACGUCUAUCGCAUGUGCGACGUGAUUCGCGGCAGCAGUCGCGUCGUGAUUAUGCUCCCCGAUGACCGUGUCGAGAGCAAGAAGAACUGGGGAGCCCGUAUGUGGACAUUGCCAGAGGCUCUUCUGGCUCCGGAAAACAGAUGCUACUUUGCCCAUCCCUAUGGCGACGGCCAGAUCACCGAGUCGCUGACCCUGGUCGAGAUGACGGCAGAGAUUUGGGAAGAUCCCAUUGAUUCCGAAGAGGAUGGGGGUCCGACCCGUCUUCUGGCUGAGCACUAUACCAAUCUCCUGACACUCAGUCGCUUGGAGCUCUUUUCCACUGCUCUCGAUGCUCUUUGGCGUCGCGCCGAGGUCAACUACCAGUUCUUCACCCCUAAUGACGUGACGUAUGCCAUCAUGGGUCUUUUGCACUACCGCAUUCGCCGCGACGACACCGACACAGAGUUCCAGUCACUCGCUCAAUUGUCUCUCGGAAACGACAGCGACAACAUUGUGGAGCGCAUGGUCUCGCUGUACCCAGAUCCCACUACUGGACCAUUGAACCCGUUCCGGUCUCUUGCGAGAGCGGAUCUCUUUCACACUCACCUCUGGGACAUUGAGCCCACCUGUCAGGUUGUAGGUGUCGCGCAUGAGAAUAACACGGUGCUGCUCGACUCUUGCCGAGCCAUGCACAUUAGGUGGAAGGGAUUCCCUCGGCCUGUUGUCACACGCGACUAUGGUCUCUCUCGUCUCUUUGCCAUCAUGUUUAUCACCGCCGGUACCUGGUGGUUUGUUCAGGGUAUCAGCCUAGCAAUCUACUACGCGCCGCUUUACUCGGGCAACGUGGACAAAGACCUCAAGCGCGUCAUGGAGUGGAUGAUUGCAGGAUUCCUGUUCGUGUCCAUAAUGCUCAGCGCAUUUGGACCGUUUUCGGUGCGCCGGCUGUAUGGUGGUCAGGUCCUACAGAGCACGAGCAACCUCGUGGGAUUCGAGGGUGUCAUGCCAAUUGCCAAGCUUGAGAAGCUUGUCUUUGGCAACGACAACUCGCGUCUCUCGUACGAGGCCUCGUCGACGCCCUUUGCCGAGUACUGUCGCCACCCGUCGCUGCGUGUCGGCUUUGAGCCCGACUGGAUCCGUGACGAGAGACCAGAUCUUGCUGAGGUCAACUUGCCCAAGGGCCACAGACUUUUUACCUUGGUUGACACUGGCGAACUGAGCGUCAGCAUCUUUAGCGCCGAACGCCCGCCGACUGUGGCGUUGCUAUGUGGCCGCGAAGGUGGCAUGCUCCGGUCGGUGUUGUGCAGUUGGCAAUUUGAAAAUGACUGCCUCUACAAAGAGGCCGUGGUGCGCAUGCCUAGCAAUGUCUGGGAUUCUGCGUCGCCAAAGGGCUGGUUGAAGAUCUGCCUGAAUACACUGAACCAGGCACGAGAGAACGAGCGUGUGGAGAACAUAAGAAGAUCAGAGACGAAGCACUAG